AUGUUCUUCUCUGCUGUUAGACGUGCCGUUGCUUCUGAUAUCUUGAAGUCCUUCAAGCCUCUCCAUGACAGAGUACUCAUUGAACGUGUUGCUGCUGAGACUAAGACCAAGGGAGGAAUUAUGCUUCCAGAAAAAUCACAAGGAAAGGUCUUGGAAGCUACUGUUGUUGCUGUAGGACCUGGACUCCGCAAUGAAAAAGGAGAGCUCGUCCCAACAACUGUUAGAAGCGGAGAUCGUGUCCUUCUUCCAGAAUACGGAGGAACCAAGGUUGUCGUAGAGGACCGCGAGUACUCCAUCUUCAGAGAAUCUGAUCUCUUAGGAGUUUUCCAAUAA